GAAUUAAGGAAUUUGCCAAUUUUGACAGGGAGCCACCCUCUGAUUCUCACUUGGGACCCACUUUGUUCUUAUCUAAUACGCAGCUGUCUAAGAACCCAAGAAAGUCAUGUUCUACUCUUCACUCUUCUGGCUUCAUUUCAUAUAUAUAACAAAAAAAAUCAUAAGCUCUUACCGUCAAAGAUGAUUGAUUCUGCCAUUUCAACACCGACUCAAAUAUACUGAGAGAGAAGAUGGAGCCAACUGCAAAAGUAUCAUCAAUUUUUGUAUAUCCAAUCAAGUCAUGCCGUGGCAUCUCAGUUUCUCAUGCUGCACUCGCUCCUACUGGAUUCCGAUGGGAUCGAAACUGGUUAGUUGUCAAUUAUAAAGGGAGGGCAUAUACCCAAAGAGUUGAGCCGAAGCUUGCUCUGGUUGAGGUAGAGCUGCCUCACGAGGCAUUUUUAGAUGGUUGGGAACCCACUAAGAACUCCUAUAUGGUAAUAAAGGCUCCUGGGAUGGGUGUGCUUAACAUACCACUGACAAGACCUCAUGAAGUAGCAGAUGGUGUCUCAGUGUGGGAAUGGUCCGGCUCUGCACUGGAUGAGGGAGCUGAAGCUGCAAAAUGGUUUUCAGAUUAUAUUGGAAAACCAAGUCGGCUAGUGCGUUUUAAUGCAGCAUCAGAAACCAGAGCCGUCGAUCCUAAUUAUGCUCCUGGACACAAUGUUAUGUUCUCUAAUCUCUUUCCAUACAUGCUAUUAUCUCAGGGAUCAUUGGAUGGACUAAAUAAGCUUCUGAAGGAGCCUGUUCCAAUUAACCGUUUUAGACCCAACAUUCUUGUUGAUGGUUGUGAACCGUUUUCCGAGGACUUGUGGAGAGAAAUUAGAAUAAAUAAGUUCACAUUUGAAGGCGUCAAGCUUUGUUCCCGCUGUAAGAUACCCACGAUUAAUCAAGAUACAGGAUUAGCAGGGUCAGAACCAAAUGAAACUCUAAUGAAAAUCCGAUCUGAUAAAGUUCUGCGUCCGGAUAAGAAACAACAGGGAAAGAUAUACUUUGGGCAGAACAUGGUUUGGAAAGCCAGUGAUGGAGGGAAAGGAAACAUAUUGAAUGUGGGAGAUCCUGUUUUUAUUAUCAAGAAAGUCUCUUCUGCAGCUGAAGCUGCUGCCUAAACCCUAUUAAAAUAUCAGCAAAACUUUGUCGAAUGUCUACUAGCACAAUUUGUAAGUUGCAGACUACGAGAUCCAUCAAAUACAGUGAUGAAAUAACAUGUAUUUAUGCUAUGUACCAAUUCAUAAUAAAGGAACAAAUAAAAUGCCUGUAAAAUAAAUUAUACUCUCUCCGUUUCGCUUUAAGUUCUCAUUUAGGAUUUUGAGAGUAUAUUAAUAAUUUUUUUUUCAA